UCAUGGGGCCCCCGGGCAAUAGGAGAUCAUGGGGCUCCUGUGUCCUUGCCCUAAUUCAAAAAAGCCUAUGAAAAAAGGUACCAGGGGCAUCUCAUGGGGCCCCCUACUGACCCCGGGCCCUUGGGCAGUGCCCAAGUUUCCAAAUGGUCAGUCCGGCCAAGAAAAUGUAAUUUUUAUGGCUGGGGUGGACAACUAGCCAGUGAGACACUUCGUAAAAAGCCUCCCACUAGAACACAACUCAGAUUUAGGGCACAUUGAUACAAACAGAGAAGGUGAUAACUUUAAUAAGCCUCAGACCAGAUUGAUACACCCUUGAAAAAAACACA